AAGGUAGUCGUCAAUCGAAAAUUUUUACACGACGGACUGAGUUUGAGUGAUACACACGCACACGCACACUUUCUUACCUACUGCUUUUCUGCAAGUAUCGUGAAAUAGUGAAACUUAUAUUCCCUCGGCUAAAUCUGAAAAUAUUGUGUGAAAAGUAAAAAAAGAAAAUUUGCAAAGAUGGCACUUAGCGACGCUGAUGUACAAAAACAGAUUAAGCAUAUGAUGGCUUUCAUUGAGCAAGAAGCCAAUGAAAAGGCCGAAGAAAUCGAUGCUAAAGCCGAAGAGGAAUUCAACAUUGAGAAGGGUCGUCUGGUGCAACAACAGCGUCUCAAGAUCAUGGAGUACUAUGAAAAGAAGGAGAAGCAAGUUGAACUGCAAAAAAAGAUUCAGUCUUCGAAUAUGCUGAAUCAGGCCCGUUUGAAGGUUCUGAAAGUGCGUGAAGAUCAUGUACGAAAUGUGCUCGAUGAAGCCCGCCGUCGCCUUGGUGAAGUCACCAAGAAUCCUGGGGAAUACAAAGAGGUCUUGCAGAAACUUAUUUUGCAAGCGCUGUUCCAGGCUAUGGAAUCCAGUGUCACUUUACGUUGCCGUCAGGCCGAUGUUAGUCUCAUUAAUGAAGUGCUGACCGCCACUCUUGAAGAGUACAAACUCAAAAUUGGCAAAGAUGUCAAUGUACAUAUUGAUACGGAAAAUCAUCUAUCGGCGGAUACUUGCGGUGGAAUUGAGUUGAUUGCUCUCAAUGGACGCCUAAAGGUACCAAACACCCUGGAGUCCAGAUUAGAACUGAUUGCGCAACAACUUGUGCCAGAGAUACGUAACGCUUUGUUCGGUCGCAACAUCAAUCGUAAAUUCACCGAUUAAAUAUUUUAGGUGUAAACACUAUGCAACACACAAAACCAACAUACAUAUAAAUCCUACAUACAUAGUUUAAAGACGAAAACAAGAAGAAACACAAAAGCAAAAAAGGUAGUUGAAUGCGAGUUUAUAAUAUAAUUUUAAAAUGCAAAUAAGAGUUAAUUUACCGAAACUAAAUUGUUAGCUAAUAAAAUUGUCAAGUUAUAUAUGGAUGGUAGGAAAUGAGCAAUGCAGAAUUAAGAUACUAUUGCAGUAGCAAGAAAUCAGAGUUUGAAACAAAGUGAGCUUUUUAGGAGUGAAAGCGCGAAAGAAGAGAAGACAAACGGAGCCACUUCCCUAUAAUUAUUAUGAAUAUAAUUUAGAUGUUAACAGUAUAAUAUAAUCAAAAACACUGCAUUCCAUUCAAAGAUUUGCUGCCGUUAUAGAACACAAACCAUCGUGUAUGUAUAUUUGUAGGCAUAAAACAACUUGCCGAUAUGAUAACCAAUUCGUAUUAAAAUAUAUACAGAGUUAUCGAAAAUACAAACUAUUAAUGCAGGGAAAAUUGGAGGAAUGGAAUAGGCUUUGAUAAGUAGACAACAAAUUAAUGGAACACAAAACAUUUUCUGAUUUUCAGUUGUUCAAUUAAAUACUUAAAUCCAUAAUAUACAUAAACCAAUGCAUGCAUAAACUGUAUAAAUUUAAUACACACAUUUAUAUACAUUCCUGUACAAAAAAAAAAAAAAAAUUCUGCUCACUGUUGAAUUUGAGAAAUUGUUUUGUUCGAAAACCGAGGCAGAUAAUUUAGAGCCUGAGGCCAUUAAUUACUUUGCCUAACACUACAUUUCAUCUACUUGGUUCUAUGUCUUGGACUGAAGCAUAUAUGUAUGUCAAUAAAUUAAUCCAUAUAAUUUUUGUUUAAUUAACUCGACAUGCAUGUUCCGCGUUUGGAUUUAAUUUUUUGUUAAAAUCUUCUGUAUGUACGAUCAAAUUGUUCCCUUUAUUUAGUUAAUUAUGAAUUAUAACAAUGCACUAUUAAUAAUCGUUUGUUGCCUAAUAUUAAGCAAAUUAUAUAAUUAUAUUCUAGCUUGAUUAGAAGUAACAAGAAAAUUAUACAACAUAUUAUGGCACAGCAACCAGCUUUCCAAGUCAUUUGCACGCCAGAAAUAGCGAAUGGGAGGAAGAUAAAUGCUACAAGCAGAACUGCGGGCAGUCAUAUGCAACUGGUGCUCGAUGCGCCUCGAAUUAUGCAACUGUGUGCAUGCGCCGCCAGAAAGGAGCAGUGAAAAUCUUUGGUAAUAAUGCGCUGACAGUUAUAAGUGUGUGGCAUGCAAUAGUGAAUUACAUGAAAUUUGUGCUCACGACGCGUGCCUAAAUGGUGGACUAAAAAUUCUCAGCAUCGCCACAUUUCAAACACUGAAAUAAGUGCUCUUUAUGUCACAUUAUUAGCGUGACAGAAUUGAGUUGAUUUCACUGUGCGUAAUGUAGCACCCACCGAUGGGAUGCGUUUUGAUAACAAAUUUUUAUCAAGUCGAAAAAACGUUAUCGACAUGGUUGUUUGUUUGUUGGUUGAAAAUGUAAGCAAAAUGCGGGAUUUUGCAAUUAAAAAAAAAAAAAAAAUAGUACUCAAUGUUGGUUCUUCUUUGCGCAGGCGUGUUACUAAAGUUUUUAAGUGCUGAAUUGUUUCUAUUUCAAAGGUAUUUUCAAGUACUUAAGAGUUUUCUUUUUCACAAGACUGUAAUAAAUGUGUGUUGUUGCUUCUUUGAUGGUUUCUCACUAAUGUUUAUUAUAAUCAAGUGUGUAUAUGUUUGCCACAAUUCUUUUAGUGAUCUAAAUGUUAUAAAUAAUUAACAAAAAAAAAAAAAUACAUAAAAAAUUUGCAUAAAAA